AAUGGCCAUAUUUCAAAUAGUCUCUUUUCUUUUGUAUUUAGUUUGAUGACUUUUGGACCCAAAUUCCCUUUGGAGUAGGGGUUCCGCAUUAAAUAGACUGAACUCAGGGAAAAAUAGAGCGCGACUUUUACUCGUCGUCGCAUAUUACUGAUGUCAUAACUCCCCUCGCCAGAAAACGGCUCCGACACGUGUGGUGGUAGUUCUAAAUUAUUAUAAUCCAUGGCAGGCUCAUUUUCUCUUGAGCUUGAGGAUUUGUUGAAUCCUUUGCCUAAGUUUGCUGAUCCAGAGGAUGACGACGAUGAGUUGACCAAAGCCAAAGUGGUAGAAGGAUUCAAUGAAGAUGAGGACGAAGACGGGGUUGGCCUCAGUGCCUUGCGAAAGCACAACACAUCGUUACUCUCAGACACGGACAAACGGUAUGUGGGGAAGAAGAUCUCUCGUAAACAACUGCUGAUGGAUAUUGAGGCGUCUGGUGACGACGACGACGACGACGAUGAUGAAGAUGAAGAUGAUGAAGACGACGAUGAUGAUGUAAAGAGCAUAGAAGAGCUAGAAGAAGGAGAUCCUUUGGGGAAUGAGGGAGUUGAUGAUGAAGAUGAUUUUGAGGAUGAGGAGGAGGAGUUGGCAGGCAGUGAUGCUAAACUGGCAUCUAAGUCAAAGGUUACAGACAUAACCCUUCCUCAAGGAGUGGACUUCCACAAACUGACAGAGGACAUGGAUGACUUGGGUGUGAGUGAAGAAGAUGAUGAUGAUGACGACGACAACAACAGUGGCGAGGAGGAGAGCGAGGACGAUGAUAAAGACGCCAUGGAUGAAGUAACUGCCCGCACAUUUUCUCAAGACAAAGUGGACAAGGAGGUUGAGAAAGGAAAAGCUGUGAAGGACCAGCUGGCCCUGUGGGACCAACUGCUCGAGGGUCGAAUCAAAAUCCAGAAAGCUCUGGUAACCGCCAACCAGCUUCCACAGACGCAGAUCUUCCCAGAGUUCAAGAGGAGGGGUGGAGCAGAACUUGCUGGGGAGCUGAAGAACACGCACAAAGCUCUGAAAGCCCUUCAAAGGUCCUUGCUGGAGCUUCACGACCAGCUGCUCUACCAAAACGCAGACACGAGAGCCAUUGCUCUGGGGACGUCGGAAGCUCCGGAUGAAGAUGAGGAGAUUAACAGCGACGAGAAUGAGGAUCUAGAGGCGCCCCUGCACAUGGGUGUAGCGCCCAAACGGAAACUGGAGAUGGCAGAAUAUCCGGACUUCAUGGCCAAGCGUUCUGCCGCUUUCCAGCCGUACCGCGACGCCACGCUGCAAAAGUGGCAUGACAAAACCCGGCUGAUCAUGGGCAAAAGCAGCAAGGGCUUCGGCGCGUUCGACAGAAACAUAUUGACCCAGGUGGAGCAGGUGCUGAUGGACAACGAGAGGCUGGUGCGGCGCACGCAGACCCGACGCUCAGAAUACAGAGUCCUGGGGGUAAAACAGGACGCUGCUCUCACCUGUGAAACCAUCUCUGCAGAGGGCGAGGAGCUGCAACAGCAGCUCAAAGCGAACACGCAUCUGAAUGACCUGGACGAGGAGAUAUUCGAUGACGACGAUUUCUACCACCAGCUGCUCAGAGACCUGAUUGAGCGCAAGACGAGUGCAUCGGACCCCAAUGACCAGGUCGCGAUGGGCAGGCAGUGGCUGGCCAUACAGAAGUUACGCAGCAAGAUCAAAAAGAAGGUGGACACCAAAGCCAGCAAGGGGCGUAAGGUCCGAUUCGACAUCCACAGCAAGCUGGUGAAUUUUAUGGCUCCUAUUGACCACAGCUUGGUGAGUGACGAGGCCCGCAGCGAAUUGUACCGCGGCCUCUUUGGGCAGAACUCCGCUGUCAGGGAGUGACGUGUCGGAGGUACUCAGGAGUACACACCGAAGUGCCAGGAUGUAAAAAAAGCGGCCUGUGUGAGGACUGAGGCCGUGGAUGCUCUUUGUCAGAGCAUGGAGUCAAAUUAAUAUCAUUAAUACCUUUUUUAUACACUGUGUGUCCUUUCCAAGGAAACAAAAUGCAUCCGUGUUAAGGAAGAAAGAUCAUUUUAUUCAAGUAAAAUACGUACAAAUGAAACCUCUUUUGAAGGUGGAGAACUGUUGUAAAAGGUAUAUUCUGCACAUCACUUGUCUCAAUAGUAUGUUUUUUUUUCUUUUUCUAGUUAGUAAACAAAGCA